AUGGCAGCGACAUUAAUGCGUUCCCUUGUAAAGAAGAGGUUGUUUGUUGGUCUUGCAGAGGUGGUGGAGCACACCUGUAGUAUCACAUCCCUUAUGCUGGGCGAGACCCUCCCCUCUAUCACUAAAGACAUGGACACAUACACAUACCGGUUGCCCAUUGGCGUAUGCGCCGGUAUAGCCCCCUUCAAUUUCCCUGCCAUGAUUCCACUCUGGAUGUUCCCAAUGGGCAUGGUGUGUGGGAACAGCUAUUUAUUGAAGCCCUCAGAGAGGGUGCCUGGCUGCGCCAUGUUGCUGGCCAAACUGCUGCAGGACGCCGGUGCUCCGGAUGGAACAUUAAACAUAAUUCACGGACAGCAUGACGCUGUGAACUUCAUCUGUGACCAUCCUGCCAUCAAAGCCAUCAGUUUUGUAGGCUCCAACCAGGCUGGCGAGUACAUCUAUGAGAAAGGCUCCAAAAAUGGCAAAAGAGUACAGAGCAACAUGGGGGCGAAGAAUCACGGUGUAGUGAUGCCUGAUGCUAACAAAGAGAACACACUAAACCAGUUGGUUGGUGCUGCUUUUGGAGCAGCAGGUCAGAGAUGUAUGGCACUUUCCACUGCCGUCCUUGUAGGAGAAGCACGAAACUGGUUGCCUGAACUGGUUGAACGUGCAAAGGGUCUCCGUGUCAAUGCAGUUCCUCUCCAUAUUGGCGUUAAUGUACCAAUCCCCGUCCCACUGCCCAUGUUUUCGUUCACCGGUUCCAGAGGCUCCUUCAGGGGUGACACCAAUUUCUAUGGAAAGCAAGGCAUUCAGUUCUACACACAGAUCAAAACUGUUACUUCGCAGUGGAAGGCAGAAGAUGCUACCCUGAAGUCCCCCGCUGUUACCAUGCCAACAAUGGGACGUUAAGUAUUAAUCACCUGCAUAAAUUCCUCUCUGGCCCCCAAAAUUCAACAAUACUUUUAACUACUGUACAGAUGGAUAUUUUCAAACAUACUCUCUUAAAUAAUUCCAAAAAUGUGAACUUUUUUCUUUCACUGUUCAAUAAGUUGAAAAUCAAAUUAAAGCAUGAAUUGCUUUAGACCACUGUAUGAAAAAUUUGUCAAAUGGUUUGCCGUUCUUACCCUGAUAUAGCCGAAGUUUCUGUUUCAGAAAAUAAUGACUCCACAUUCAACACUAAUUUUACUUUGGGUGUUGAUGAGCUGUAUUAAGUCUGCAAAAAAGUUGAGUGCAACAACUUCUACUAUCUACAGCUAGCUGGCUCUUCUGAACUGUUCAACUAGCAUACGUCUUGUUAAAUAUGAAUGUCUAAAUAAAUAUGCAACAUUUGUGAACUGUUGUUGAAUAGAAGACUGUUUUGGGCUGUUUGCCUCAAUAAACAAGACAAUAAAUUUGUUCUUGUAAA